AUGUCGAGUGAUAACUACGUCAACCCCAACCAGCAGCGCUACCUACGCGCCUGCAUGGUCUGCUCCAUCGUCCUGACCUACUCCAAAUUCCGUGACGAAGGCUGCCCCAACUGCGAAGAGUUCCUCCACCUCGCCGGCUCGCAGGACCAGAUCGAGAGCUGCACGUCCCAGGUCUUCGAGGGCCUCAUCUCCCUCAAGGACCCAGGACGCUCCUGGGUCGCCAAGUGGCAGCGCCUCGACAACUACGUCCGCGGCGUCUACGCCAUCAAGGUGUCUGGCCAGCUCCCCGACGAGAUUCGGACGACGCUCGAGGAGGAGUAUAGGAUACGCUACAUCCCACGCGAUGGAACGGAGACCGAGGUUGAUAACUAA